AUCGCACAGCCGGCUUUACAGCAGACAGAUAUUAGGAAAAGCGUGUCGUAUACUUUAAUGCCGUAUAACUCUAUCCGGACUAACGAUGGUUUGGAUGCCGCCGAAAAUUAUUUUAAUCUGCAGCUUUCCAUGCACCGUCGUCGCUCUGGCAAGCUUGAAAAAGGAACACACCGGUGGCACCUAUUACAAGGGCAAGGAAAAGUUGACAGAUAAGGUCGUUGUAAUAACUGGUGCUAAUACGGGAAUUGGCAAAGAAACUGCGCUGGAAAUGGCCAGGAGGGACGCCAAGGUUAUCAUGGCAUGCCGGGAUAUGUAUAAGUGCGAAGAGUCGCGUCAAAAUAUAGUCUUAGAAACGAAAAACAAAUACGUCUACUGCAGGAAGUGUGACUUGAGCUCGUUUGAGAGUAUUCGCCAAUUCGUUGAUAGGUUUAAGAAAGAACAAUCGAAGCUUCACAUUCUCGUCAACAAUGGAGGUGUUAUGCGUUGCCCAAAGAGCACAACGGCAGAUGGGAUAGAAACUCAACUGGGAGUUAAUCACAUGGGGCAUUUUUUGCUCACAAAUUUACUGCUGGACAGACUUAAAUCGUCAGCUCCGUCGCGAAUAAUCAAUGUUUCAAGCAUAGCGCAUAGACGUGGUGACAUCGAUGUUACGGAUUUAAACAGUGAGAAGGAUUAUGACCCAGCUAAAGCUUACGCGCAGAGCAAGUUGGCUAAUAUUCUUUUCACCAACGAGCUGGCAAGAAAACUCCAGGGUACAGGAGUAACUGCGAAUGCCGUUCAUCCUGGGAUUGUCGACACUGAUAUAAUACGGCAUAUGGGAUUUUACAAUAGUACAUUCAGUAAAAUUUUUCUUUACCCCUUUGCAUGGCCCUUCAUAAAGACUCCAAAACAGGGGGCCCAAACUUGUAUAUAUGCUGCACUGGAUCCAAGUCUCAAAGACGUCAGUGGUAAAUACUUUAGCAAUUGCGAGGAGGCUGAUACCGCUCCACAAGCCAAGGAUGAGAAACUGGCGAAAUGGUUGUGGCUAACUAGCGAGAAAUGGACAAGGUUGAAUGCCACUUAAUAUAGGUAUAUUUUAUUAGAAAAUAUUCAGAUACAAAGUCUGGUCAGAGAUCUAGUGAAUAAACCGAGUAACGAUCCUUGCCAA